AUGUGCAAGAAUGCCCGUCAGCGGCCCCUCAGGCCUGGCUGCCAGCACCAGCAGCUUCAGGGCCGGAGCUGCCUGCGCCCCGAAUCUGGAUCCUCCAGUUGCAGCAAGACCCCACCUUUCUCCACUUCCUCUAAUACCAUCUUGGUCUCAGGGGGCAAAAGGCAGGCAAGGUCCAAGGCUCAGACACUCCCUCGGUGCCAGAACGGUGCUGCAGACACCACAGGCCUUCGGAGGACAGCUCGGCAAUCUUCGGAGGCCGAGGGAGCAUUCGGGUGUUUCCGGCGCCGAAGGGCGGAGCUGAGCAAGAGGAAGGUGCACCUGCAGCCUGCAGGGGGCGGGGUUGCCGGGAAGCCGGAGGUUAACCUCUUACUGCCCAACAAGGAUCAGGCCCUGUCCGCGGUGCUGAAGAGUCAGCCGCAGUGCUUCUGCCACUCAAGACAAGACCAGUUACAGGAUCCCCGGAUCCUGGGCACCCUGCGCCGACCCCACCAGGGGGAGGUUGGCGAGCUGCUCGGCCAGAUUCAGGGCUGCGGCGCCGCGCAGGCGCAGGCGCAGGCCGAGGCGCGCGACGCCCUCAAGUGCGACGUGACGUCGGCGCUGCGCGAGAUCCGCGCGCAGCUCGAAGGCCAUGCGGUGCAGAGCACGCUGCAGUCCGAGGAGUGGUUCCGAGUGAGGCUGGACCGACUGUCGGAGGCAGCCAAGGUGAACACAGAUGCCAUGCGCUCAGCGCAGGAGGAAAUAACUGAGUAUCGGCGUCAGCUGCAGGCCAGGACCACAGAGCUGGAGACGCUGAAAAGCACGAAGGAAUCACUGGAGAGGCAGCGCUCUGAGCUGGAGGACCGUCAUCAAGCUGACAUUGCGUCCUACCAGGAAGCCAUUCAGCAGCUGGAUACUGAGCUCAGGAACACCAAGUGGGAGAUGGCAGCCCAGCUCCGCGAGUACCAGGACCUGCUCAAUGUCAAGAUGGCUCUGGAUAUUGAGAUUGCUGCCUACAGAAAACUCCUGGAAGGUGAAGAGUGUCGGAUUGGUUUUGGCCCGAGUCCUUUCUCCCUUUCAGAAGGACUCCCUAAAAUCCCCUCCACAUCCACUCACAUAAAGGUCAAAAGUGAAGAGAAGAUCAAGGUGGUAGAAAAGUCAGAGAAGGAAACUGUGAUUGUGGAGGAACAGACAGAGGAGAUUCAAGUGACUGAAGAAGUGACUGAAGAAGAGGAGAAAGAGGCUAAAGAAGAGGAAGGCAAGGAGGAAGAAGGGGAAGAAGAGGAGGAAGAAGGGGAAGAAGAAGCAAAGUCUCCCUCAGCAGAAGAGGCUGCAUCACCAGAGAAGGAAACCAAGUCCCCAGUGAAAGAAGAAGCCAAGUCACCAGCUGAGGCCAAAUCCCCUGAGAAGGCCAAGUCUCCUGUGAAGGAAGAAGCAAAGUCACCGGCUGAGGCCAAGUCACCGGCUGAGGCCAAGUCGCCGGCUGAGGCCAAGUCUCCGGCUGAGGCCAAGUCGCCUGAGAAGGCCAAGUCUCCCACGAAAGAUGAAGCAAAAUCGCCAGCUGAAGCCAAGUCCCCCGAGAAGGCCAAGUCCCCAGUGAAGGAGGAGGCGAAAUCGCCAGCUGAGGCCAAGUCACCGGCUGAAGCCAAGUCCCCUGAGAAGGCCAAGUCCCCAGUGAAGGAAGAAGCGAAAUCUCCAGAGAAGGCCAAGUCCCCGGCAAAGGAAGAAGCAAAAUCGCCAGCCGAGGCCAAGUCCCCUGAGAAGGCCAAGUCCCCAGUGAAAGAGGAGGCAAAAUCGCCAGCUGAGGCCAAGUCUCCAGAGAAGGCCAAGUCCCCGGUGAAGGAAGAAGCAAAGUCCCCAGUGGAGGUCAAGUCCCCUCAGAAGGCCAAGUCCCCGGUGAAGGAAGAAGCGAAGUCCCCUGAGAAAGCCAAGACUCUUGACGUGAAGUCUCCAGAAGCCAAGACCCCAGUGAAGGAGGAGGCCAGGUCCCCUGCAGAUGCCAAAUCCCCAGAAAAGCCCAAAAGCCCUGUCAAGGAAGAGUCCAAGACCCCAGAGAAGGCCAAAUCUCCUGUAAAGGAGGAUGCCAAGGCUCCUGAGAAGGAGACCCCAAAGAAGGAAGAGGCGAAGUCCCCCGUGAAAGAGGAGAAAAAGCCCCAGGAGGUUAAAGUCAAGGAACCUCCAAAGAAAGUGGAGGAAGAGAAAGCUCCAGCUGCACCAAAAACCGAAGAGAAGAAGGAGAGCAAGAAGGACGAGGUUCCCAAGAAGGAGGCCCCCAAACCCGAGGCUGAGAAGAAAGAGCCUGCAGUAGAAAAGCCCAAAGAAUCCAAAGUUGAAGCCAAGAAGGAAGAGGCUGAAGACAAGAAAAAAGCAGCAACCCCAGAGAAGGAAGCCCCUGCCAAGACGGAGGUGAAGGAGGAGGCCCCACCCAAAGAGAAGACUGAGGGGGCCAAGAAAGAAUCAGACAAUGCCAAGGCCAAAGAACCCACCAAACCAACAGAGAAGGAGCCAGAGAAGCCAAAGAAGGAAGAGACACCGGCAGCACCAGAGAAAAAAGACACUAAGGAGGAGAAGGCCACAGAGGCCAAGAAGCCUGAGGAGAAACCCAAAACAGAGGCCAAAGCCAAAGAGGAUGACAAAACCCCCUCAAAAGAGCCCAGCAAGGAGGCCCCUACACCCAGCAAACCCAAGACGGAAAAGGCUGAAAAAUCUUCUAGCACAGACCAAAAAGACAGCAGACCUCCAGAGAAGGCCACAGAAGACAAGGCCUCCAAGGGGGAGAAGUAAGGCAGAAAGGUAGGAACUUCCAGAACAGCCAAAGAAACGUAGGAGGGUCCCGGAGCUUGAGGGUCGGUGUAACAAAGUUUCUUUUUGAUUUUUGUCCCUUUUUCUUUCUGAAGAAGAAACUGCUUAGACUAUGGGCCCUCCUUCACCAAACAGGAAUUUGUUAGCAAUAUGUUAGCUAAGAGAGAACACACCCAGCCCCUUUCUCCCAGGCCCCCAACCCACCCCAGGCGAUGGACA